AUAAAAAAUUGUAAAAUUAAUCAGCUAAAGUUCAUUUUGCAUUUGCUCUCUUCUCCGACUCCAUGGACUCUCCCAAAGUGGUCCUUCUCUUGUUGCUUUCUCUCCUCCAUCUCGCCGUCGCUGUGGCCUCCGCCUCCGCCGCCGAAGCCGACGGAUCUGCUGUUUCGAUUGGUAAAGGUUUGUUUGAUGAAUGGGAAACAGGAGCGGCGUUCUAUGAGGAGGAGGAUGAGGAGCUAGGAGAAGGUUUCGGAGAUGAAGAAAUAAUUGCUGAUUUUACCGAUUCUCCGCCGAAUCGGCGAUCGCUCUUCUGGAAGAGAGUUUUCCGCUAUUACAUUUCGUACGGCGCGCUUGCGGCGAACAGAAUCCCCUGUCCGCCGCGCUCCGGCAGGUCGUACUACACGCACAACUGCUACCGAGCUAGAGGUCCUGUCCGCCCCUACUAUCGAGGCUGCUCCGCCAUCACUCGCUGCCGCCGAUGAAUGUACGGUUUUAUUUUAUUGAAUUCGCCUUUUAAAUUAUUUUUCGGUGCUCGUUUUGCGUGUUCUUCGUUAUUUGUGAAUUUUGUGGCGGGAAAACGUCAGAUCUGUCUGGCGAUGGGGACGUUAGUGCUUUCAUUUGACAAUAUUUCAUUCCAUUUUUCAUGCGGUGUUGUUUGUCGGUGCUGAAUCAUUGUUGGUUAAUUGAAUAAUCUGUUUUCCAUUCUGUGAUGAGUUUUUGAAGGCAUGUGGCUAAAUUGGGGAUAAAUUGGGGUUUAGAACAUCAGUGUGUAUGUAAUGCAAUGCACGUGAACAUGAUUAACUUAUAUCGGAUCCAUUGUUUAUUAC